GCUGUCUUCAAAGAGAGAAUUAAUGGAGGGAGGAAAUGACUUGAGCUUGGGAGAGAAAUCAAAGGGAUUGGAAGGAACAGGUUUGAUUUUACCUUUGAACAGUCAUGGGAACUUAAAGAGUGCUUCAAGCGAUCAAAACCUAACAGAGAUUAUGCAAAACAUAAGAUCUUCCAAGGCUCCUGCAGUUAUCAACUACGGUGCAUCUUGGUGUCGUGUGUGUAGUCAGAUUCUUCCAUCAUUUUGUAAAUUAAGCAACAAUUUCCCGAAGCUUUCAUUUGUAUAUGCUGACAUUGAUGAAUGCCCUGAUACUACUCAACAUAUACGUUACACACCGACGUUCCAUUUCUUCCGGGAUGGAGAAAGGGUUGACGAGAUGUUUGGUGCUGGGGAGGAGAGAUUGCAAGACAGACUCUGGUUGCAUUCGUAAAUGUUUCGUGUUUUUAAAUUAAAUGUUGCUUAUGAUUCUCUUCUAUAAGUAAUAUAAAAAACGGGAUCCAAUGAAUUUUAUGAUCCAAUAUUAUACGAGUACUUAAUAUUGUGAAUCGGUACAAUGCCUAAAUGCAAAA